UUUUGUUUACCAAACCAAACUAUAACAAAGAAGACAGGUAGACCAACCGAACAGCAAGCGCGACCACAGCCGCCGGCACGACGACUUCUCCUCCUCCUCCUCCUCCUCCUCCUUCUCUUCCUCCGUCGCCAGGAGAACAAGACAAUGAUGAAGGAGAGCGACCAUUCGCUGAGGGGCGCGCCCUCCCGCCACCAGCAGCUGCGCAGAUGGCCGAGCCCGAUGCCGCUACUGGUUGCCCUGGUUGUCCUCGCCGAGAUCGCCUUCUUGAGCCGCAUCGACGUCGCCGAGAAGGCUGCUUCCGUGGUCGAGCAGUGGUCCACCUCCUUGUAUUCUUCAUCAUCAUCUUCUUCUUCUUCCUCUUCCUCGUCUUCGGUUGUGGAGGAGGAGGACAAGGUCCCGGAAGACAUCAAGCGCUGCGAGGAGUGGUUGGAGAGGGAGGACGCCGUGCCUUACUCUCGUGAUUUCCGGAAAGAUCCGAUUUUUGUCUUCGGCAUGCACAAGGACUGGAGUUCUUGUGAUGUGGACUGUGAUUUCGGGUCUGCCAAUGACAAGGUACCGGAUGCUGCGUUUGGAUUGCCCCAUGAUCCAGCAAUUGCUGGUGUCUUACGGUCAAUGGAAUCAUCACACUAUUAUCCAGAAAAUGAUGUUGGUGUGGCACGACGGAUAGGGUAUAAAGUUGUGAUGACAACCAGCCUGUCAUCAGACGUACCAGUUGGCUAUUUUUCGUGGGCUGAAUAUGACAUAAUGUCACCUAUACAACAAAAAACUGAAGAAGCACUUGCAGCUGCUUUCAUUUCCAACUGUGGGGCUCGUAAUUUCCGUUUGCAGGCCCUUGAUAUGCUGGAAGAAUUGGGCAUUAAGAUAGAUUCUUAUGGUAGUUGUCACCGAAACCGUGAUGGCAAUGUGAACAAAGUAGAAACUUUAAAGCGCUAUAAAUUUAGCUUGGCUUUUGAGAAUUCUAAUGAGGUGGACUAUGUCACGGAGAAAUACUUUCAGUCACUUGUUGCAGGAACAAUUCCUGUUGUCGUUGGUGCUCCAAAUAUCCAAGACUUUGCUCCUUCUCCUGGUUCUGUUUUACAUAUCAAAGAGCUUCAUGAUGUUGCUUCAGUUGCAAAAACCAUGAGAGACCUUGCGGCAAAUCCUGAUGCUUAUAAUCAUACACUGAGGUGGAAGUAUGAAGGUCCGUCUGACUCAUUCAAGGCCCUCAUGGACAUGGCAGCUGUACAUUCAUCUUGUCGGCUUUGCAUACAUCUAGCGACAAAGAUCCACGAUGAAGAGGAAAAGAGUGCUGCAUUUCAGAAUCGUCCCUGCCAUUGCACCAGUAGUUCAGGAACAGUCUACCACCUGUUUGUCAGAGAAAGAGGCCGAUUCAAGAUGGAGAGUAUCUACCUGAGAUCUGGGAAGCUGACUUUAGAAGCACUAAAAUCUGCAGUUCUAGCCAAGUUCAGAUCACUAAACCACACAUCCAUCUGGAAGAAGGAAAGACCAGCAAUGAUAAGAGGUGGAAAUGAUUUGAAAAUCUAUCGAAUAUACCCAGUGGGCAUCACCCAGCAAAAAGCACUGUACUCAUUCCAAUUUGAUGACGACGCCGAACUUGAAAAGUAUAUUGAGAGCAAUUCUUGUGCUAAGCUUGAAGUUAUUUUUGUGUAGCAUCGCCCGCUGCUUGAAGUUUUUUAGGCAACACAUGAUUUGUUUCAGCUUCUGAUGUAUCCAUCAUGUAUUUCCUUGUUAGAUGGCCUGUUCAUUUGCAACAGAAGCUCUAUUGCUGCUAUGCACAACAGGGCAAUGUGUAGUUAUUUGGCCAUCUGUUCCUUGUAUGUUUAUGAGCUUUUUACUGAUCUUAACUACACGAAGGAGCUUAGCAACUUUAUAUACUAAGAUGCUACUAGUAAAUUUGUGUU